AUGGCCCGAGCCUUCGAAGCUUCCCUAUAUGAGGAAGAGGAAAUUCCACAGUCAUUUGAAGAGGCUAGAAAGCAUAAACACUGGAGGGAAGCUACAAAGAAGGAGAUAGAUGCCCUCAUUAAAAAUGCACAUGGAAGAAAUGUACGAUGCCUAAAGGAAAGAGUCUCCACGUAUUUGGUUUGGAAGAUUUUGUCAAGCAAUGUUCAAGCAUGGAUUCGAACAAAGUCAUUCCGACCACACACUCUUCACAAAAAGGAGAGACGACAAGUUGAUGACAUUAUCAUCACUGGAGAUGAUAUUGAGGAAAUCCAGAAUCUGAAAGAGAAUCUGUUUAAGGAAUUUGAGAUGAAGGACUUGGGAGCACUGAAGUACUUUCUUGGAAUUGAGGUGUUAAGAUCUAAGCACUAA